UGAUAGGUGUGCCUAAAGAACAAACUGAUAGGAGAGUAACACAACACUGUUAGAGCCUCAGGAAAGACAAGCUGGCAGUUGCGCAAGAAAGCUGCUCCUGUGCUGCUUUAUGAGAUGACUGUAAUAAAGAAGAAGCAGUAAAAGCCACGACCUGCCGCACAUCUUUCCAACAACUCCGGAAAGCAGUAGACAUACUGUGUUCAACCAUAAAUGGAAUAGGCCGAUAUCACGCUCCAACAGACCACGGCUGUAUGCACACACAUGCAGAGACAGACCUAAUGUCAGAGCCUCCCAAGUGCUGCAUCUGUCUGGAUGAGUUCACCAGUCCUGCUUCCCUCCCCUGCGGACACUGCUUCUGCCUGGCCUGCAUAGGCGAAUACUGGAGGAUCAACGGGGCCUGUCAGUGCCCCCUCUGCAAGGCCUUCUUCCCCACCAGGCCACAAAUGACAACAGAGCAAACACUGCAUGCUGGUGCCCCGACUGAGGAAGUAACUGCGCCUUUAAAAGCUGGAGAGGUUCCCUGUGAUUUCUGCCCAGCAAAACACAGAGCAGUCAAGUCAUGCCUGGAGUGCAUGGCCUCGUACUGUGCGACUCAUCUCGAGCCACAUUACCGGAAUGAAGAUCUUGGACGCCAUCUGUUGAUCAGUGUGGUGAAGAACAUUGAGGACUCUGUGUGCAAACUGCAUGGGAAACAGUUGAACAGGUUCUGUAGGAGUGAUCAGACGUUUGUUUGUGCCAUGUGUGCCAGGACAGACCACAGGGGCCACCACAUCAUUUCUAUCAACAAGGAAGCUGCAAAGAAGAAGGUUAAACUAAAACGGAGAAGGAUCAAACUUCAGCAAGCCAUUCAAGAGAGACUGAGUAAUGUUGAGAAAGUCAAGCUCUCGGUAGACCUCAGCGGGGACAAUCCAACGGAGGCAUGGGGACAAAAUAAAGAGCUCAUCAGUCAACUGGAAGAAGAAAUCUCAGAGCUGCAGAGGAGACACAAUGAACUGGAGCAACUGUCGCAGACUGAAGACAACCUCCACUUCCUACAGAGAUUUCUACACACUCCUUCAUUCUGAAGAUCUGAUGAACUGAUGUUGAACUUGAAGAACACUGGAACAACUGGAACAAUGUUUUUUUGUUUGUUUUUUAUAAAAUAAUUUAACAAUCGACAACAGAACACUUAGUUUGACUGUGUUUGCUUCAAUGGAAUGAAUCGUCCUUUUGGUACAUAGAUGUGGGUCAUGUCUGUUAAACACAAGGAAACUGUAAGAAAAUCAACCUACCAGCACUUCUAAAACUCGAUAAUUAACAUGCUGUGUGUAAAAAUGACAAUUCACAGGUACUGGUGGGCAAAAAAAUUUUUUUGCUUUAAAGAAAAUCAAGAUUUCCAGUCUUUGUGCUAAGCUAAGAUACCUUUGGUGGUUUUAUGUGAUAGUGGUGCUGAUCUUCCCUCGGCCAGAAACAAGCAUAUUUCCCAAAAUGUCAACGUUUUAGUUUAACAGAUUCAUGUGAAUGUAUUCCAUGUUGAUGAUUGUAACUAUUAUUGUAACUAUAUCUGAAAAUGAAAUAUUAACAAUGAGAUUUAAAGAAACUGAAAACUCUAGGAUUACAAUAAUUGCUUAAUUCCUGUAAAUUUUAUAAAGUAAACUUGGGCCAGGGUACUGCCAACAGCUCACUGAGAAUAUAUCGAAUGAAUGUAACUUAUGCCUGGAUGUAUGACGUCACUGGAAAUAAUGUGAACUUGUACGUAGUACAGUAUUUCAGUGUAAAUGUUCUCUGGGACGAAUGAAUAAAAUGUACAUGAACA